AAAAUGGUCUGUGAUUUCCAGCAACAGAAUGAAGAACUACUAAAAAGUCCUUCCAACUGAGCCAGGGGUCCUCUCUCUCUCUCUCUCUCCAUUGUUGAAGGGUUCCUCCCGCGAAAUCCACCACAAACGAACGGCUUCGCUGAUUUGAUUAUGUCAGGCUUUGAUCUCUAGAGAGUACGAGAAGGAAAGACAACGACAAGACUCCGUUCUCGAAGUUCCUUCGGCGAUGGGCAACGACUCAUCCAAAGAAGAGUUGGUCCAGUUGCUCAAGAGAUUCGGCGCCUAUCUCACCGUCAAGAUGUCCAAUCUCUUCUCGAUCUCCUUCGACAAUCUGAAUUCUCGUUCUCUUGGGGCUCUUGCUGGGCUUGCUAUUGCAAUAGUAUUUACCUGGAGAUUGUUCAGAACUCCACCCAGGCAUCAAAGAAGACAACCUAAGCGGCUGGCUCCUACACCUAGUACUUCGGGUGUGAAUACUCAUUCAGAUGGAGCUCCAGUUUCUCCCGGAAUUUGUUCUUCAGAGGAUUCAAGAGCUCAGAAUGUGAUUGAUGAGUUCUUUCAACCAGUAAAGCCAACGCUAGGACAAAUAGUAAGGCAAAAGUUGAGUGAGGGAAGGAAGGUGACAUGUCGGUUGCUUGGUGUAAUUCUUGAGGAGAGUAGUCCAGAGGAGCUCCAGAAACAAGCAACAGUGAGAUCUUCUGUUCUGGAAGUACUAUUAGAGAUCACAAAAUUCUGUGAUAUUUAUCUCAUGGAAAGAAUAUUGGAUGAUGAAAGUGGGGAAAAGGUUCUUUUAGCCUUAGAAAAUGCUGGAGUUUUCACUUCUGGUGGUUUAAUCAAAGAUAAGGUUCUCUUCUGUAGCACAGAGAAUGGACGAUCAUCUUUUGUUCGGCAACUUGAACCAGAUUGGCAUAUUGAUACAAAUCCUGAGAUCAUCUUCCAGUUGGCAAGGUUCAUCAAAUUUCAGCUUCACAUCUCUCCUAACAGAUCUGAAUGUACUGCUUCUAAUGUGUUCUGUUCACCAACCUUGGAGCAGUUUUUUGGAUUUCCAGAUAGAAAUUAAUUCACCACUGCCUCCUAUGCGCAACAUGAUAUGGCGAGGAACAGAGGAUUACCCAUUUGAUCUUGCCUGUUGCUCAAGAUAGUUAAAGAAUUCAAGCCAUUGCUCAAGCCAUGUUGACUGGUCGUCAUUUGUCAAGUGAUGGAACCACAAGCUGAUUCCCGUUAUUUUCUGGGAGGAGGAUGUGGUUUUCCUUGUUGAAAAUUUUGUGCAUUAGAUUGCUUAUCUGAACUCGGAAGAGUUAUCCAUGAAAAUUUCUGAACUAGUUAAUAACUUUUCUAUGCAGUAUUUGUUACUCGAGUAUGCAAUUAUGGUGACUUGAGCUCAUUUGGUAUCCAUA